AAGAAAUUAGUAGACAUUUACGAAGUGCCACUGGUUCUUACACUAUAAUUUUGUGUUCUUUGGGAUAACACGCUACGACAAUGAAAAUCAUAUCUAUUUUGUUGGCAACAGUUGCAUUGGUGGUUUCAUCUCCAACAGACAGUCUCAAGAAUCGAUUGGCAAGACACACUCAUGGACGUCAUGCAGGAUAUAGUGAACAUAGUGAAAUAGUAGAACAUGGGCAUGGGCAUGGACAUGGACAUGGACACGGACACGGUACAAGCAGUUCGAGCUCCAGUUCUUAUUCUUCGGGACAUUCGCAUCACGGUUCUGGUGGACAUUCAUCUAUGGGACAUGGUUCCAGUGGACAUUCAUCUAUGGGACAUGGUUCCAGUGGACAUUCAUCUAUGGGACAUGUUUCUGGUGGACAUUCAUUAGUUGAUGAUAUAGGACAUACUGGACACGUAAGUGGUGGCCAUUCAACUCAUCAUCACAUCACACAUGGCUCAAACGGUGGAUCGAUUGGAUAUGGCCACGGUGUUGACACAAUAACUCAAACUACACACUCAGUUCACGGUAUCCAUGGUGUUCAUGGUGUUCAUGGUGUCGAUGUUGUUCAUGGUGUCAAUGGUGUUCAUGGUGUCAAUGGUGUUCAUGGUGUCAAUGGUGUUCAUGGUGUCAAUGGUGUUCAUGGUGUCAAUGGUGUUCAUGGUGCUAAUGGUGUUCAUGGUGUUAAUGGUGUUCAUGGUGUUAAUGGUGUUCAUGGUGUCAAUGGUGUUCAUGGUGGUCACGGUGUCCAAGGUGUGCACGGUGGAUCAAUUGGUACUUCUCAAAUAACUCAUCUGGAGACGCAUGGUUUAAGUGGUGGAUCUGUCGGAACUCACGGAGUCCAUGGUGGUUCAAUUGGUACUGUUGGUUAUGACACUGUUGAUGUUAUAGGGCAGACUCAAAACUCUCACUUAAAUGGAGGUCACUCAAUCGGUGGAAACAGCGGAUUAAUUCAAGAAACAGCAAUUCAUCAAGUGACUCAUGGAUCUGCCGGGGGAGUUGGAGCUAACAGCGGAUUGUUUGAAACUAACGGAGGAUUUGUUGAAACUGUCGGUGAAGGCACUUUUAUCGACAUUGAUUCUUUGGUCGAUAGCCAAUCAGCACAACACGGAAGUCACGGUAUCGGUGGUGUAGGACAAUCGUUACACACAAGUGUUGGCUCUAAUGUUGGCACCGUCCACGGAGUCUCUGGUCAUGCCUCCGGAAUUAUGCACGGAGAAAGUCAAUUGAUUGGUGUUGGCGUACAGCACAGUACAUCACACAACGCACAAUCAAGUAGCUCACAUAGUGAAUCGCAUAGUGAACAUUCGUCAUCCCAACAUAGUGGACGUCGUGAAUCGAUGACGUCAGUGGGUUUAGUGGGAACUAGUCAUGGCUCUCAUGGUAUUCAGCGUUAUGGCUCUGACAGAGUUGAACAAACACACGGACAUGGACACGGACACUCAUAUUGACUUCAAGAUAAAAACCUGGCCUUAAAGUUGUCACUUUAAUUUUUUAUUAUGCAGAACAAGAGAAAAAUUACGUAUAAUAUGUUCAGUGUAAUUAGGCACACAUGUCUUAGAAAAACUUCGAUUUUCUUUUAGCAACCAACAUUCAGUUGUCUUUCAUAUGAUUUUUAACAAUAAAUCUUCAAA